AUGAAUUUAGGCAAAAAUCUGGGUCCACCGAAAAGAAUAAAAAUAAACGAAGAAUUGAUCCAAAAAGAGAAGGAUGCGCUUAAUAUUAUUCCUGAAUCCGAUAGCUCACAGAAUUCAGAUAGUAAAGAACCUCCUUUGCCACCAAAAACAGAUGAUAAUGAAAAUAUACAGUCGAAAAAAAUAAGCAUUUCAUGUGAAGUCAAAUCAGAUAAUAUCAAACAGCAUUCAUCAGAAGAUGUUAUACAAGAAAUUAAAGUCCAAAAUGCCGCUGAAGUCCAAAAUCAGGAAAUUAGUAAAAAGGAGUCAGUUCCAUCUCCGAUAUUUAAUGAAUGCUUAAGUCAACCUUCAGAAUCAAAACUAUUGAGUGCUACUCCGACACCAAAUAUGAAUGCAAAUAAAGAUACUGUAUUACUCAACGGUAAGACUUAUACACGUACAAAAUACAUCGGUCGUGGUGGUAGCAGCAAAGUAUAUAAGGUCAUAGAUUCGAAUUCUCAAGUUUUUGCCCUGAAAAAGGUCUCAACUAAGAAGGCGGACGAACAGGCUAUUAAAGGCUAUCUCAAUGAAGUUGAGUUAUUGACAAAAUUAGCUGGAAGAGAUCGUAUAAUAAAAUUAUAUGAUCACGAGAUUAACCUUGAAGAAGGAUAUAUAUUAAUGGUUGAUAAAAAUGGAAAGCCUAUAAAAAUAGAUUUUAUUCGAACAUGUUGGCAGCAGAUGCUCGAAGCUGUCUAUACGAUUCACUUGGAAAAAAUUGUUCAUUCAGAUUUAAAACCUGCAAACUUUAUUAUAACUGAUGGAUCACUAAAAUUAAUUGAUUUUGGUAUAGCAAGAACUAUACAGAACGAUACUACAAAUAUUCAUAGGGAACAGCAGGUUGGGACAAUAAAUUACAUGUCGCCGGAAGCCAUUCAGGAUUACAAUGCUAAUAAUAAAUCUGAAGGAAAAUUAAUAAAACUGGGACGUGCAAACGACGUUUGGUCUUUAGGCUGUAUUCUUUAUCAACUAGUUUAUGGUCAUACGCCAUUUGCCCAUCUAAACAUGUAUCAAAAGUUCAAAUGUAUUCCUGACCCCGACUACCAUAUCGAGUUUCCACCGACUUCCAGUUUGAUAUACAAUGUUAAUCAAGCACAUUCAGUUGAUGAAAACACUAUUAACCAAGGUGUUCCGGUUGAUGAAAAUUUGCUGAGAAUUAUGAAAAGUUGUUUACAAAGAAAUCCUAAAGCCCGAGCCACAAUUCCAGAGUUAUUGACUGAUCCUUUUCUUAGUGGGUCAUAUGUACGAG